UCCCUAUAUUUUCCGGUGGAUAAUUAUUAAUUAAGUUAUCGGCCCUAAUAGAUCGCUCCCGUUAGUACGAGUUAGGUGAUACCAUCAACAAUGGCUACUAGGAAGUUUGCAGGUGUAUCACCAUAUAAACGACAGCACACUCAUCCGGAUUCAGACUACACUUUCAAGGAAUUUCUCAACAAUGUGAGUUUGGUAUCUGAUAAGCCGGGGAAGAAGCCGCCGGUUGUCGGUGCAAUCUUCGGUCUGGGUCGAGCUGGCUCCAUCCACUUCACCAGUAUUGUACGCAAUCCUCGCAUUGUUAUGAAAUACGUUGUUGAUGAUCGACCCGAGAAGUUUGCUGAGUUGAAAUCUUUCUGGGACCUUAGCGACGAUGUCAUUUUCCUAACUUCGAAAGAGAGCGACCGUGUAUAUAAAGACAAAUCCGUAAACGUAGUUUUUAUCGGCUCACCAACAUACACCCACCACGCAAUUGUAGUCAAUUGUAUAGCUAAUAAUAAGGAUGUUUUUUGUGAGAAACCCAUUGCUGAGAACAUUGAAGAUACCAGAAAGUGUUUCGAUGCAGCUAAAGCUAAGGGCCGCAUAUUAUUUGCUGCAUUUAAUCGCCGUUUCGAUCCCGCCUACAGAAACUUGAAGAACAAAGUUAGGGAAGGGACAGUUGGCCACGUACAGGUUGUGAAAGUAACUGCUAGGGAUUCACCGCUGCCGUCAAUCGAGUACUUAGCUAGUUCAGGCGGUGUAUUUCACGACUGUCUCGUACAUGACUUCGAUAUGGCUUGUUGGGUUUUGGGAGAGUUACCCAAUAAAGUUCAGGCAACUGCGACAGCGCUUAUUCCAGAGAUAAAGGCCAUCAACGACUUUGACAACAUUGCAUUCCUGUUGACCUUUCCAUCCGGAGCCAUUGCAAUUGGAGAUAACAGUCGCUACAGUGCGUAUGGAUAUGACCAAAGACUCGAAGUAUUCGGAGAUAAGGGCAUGAUAAAGGUUGAGAAUGAGAAGCCCACACACUCCACUGAGUACGUUAUAGGACAGGAGGGCGUGAAGUAUCACCCGAUCUACUACUCCUUUCCGUCCCGCUACAAAGCGGCUUAUGAACGAGAAUUAGAUCAUUUCUUAGAUGUAGUUCAAUAUGGAGUACCACAAGAUGUCACCAGCUGGCAGACUCUUGCUGUUACAAAGAUUGCAACGGCUGCAGAAGAGAGCGCACGCACAGGAAAAACAAUUGAAUUGGACUGGAGCAAGGAUGGCAUCCCGGAACAAUAUUCUUAAACCUGGAAAUCGAAUAAAAUGUUUGUUUUUCUAGUCCCUACUGACCCUUUUGGAUUUAUUGCAUCCGCAAAUUAGGAUCAUCUCUCUAGGGACAUACGACUUUGUGAUAUCAAUUGGGGAAAAAAUAAAGUUUAUUGACUAUUUACAA